UUCUCAGCCGAAAAGUACGAUGACGUAAUCAAAGUACGCCGGAGACGUAAUCUUUAGGAGACAGUUUGUUUAUAUCAUGGCGUCGGUGGAUUUCAGAGAUAACCUUCUCGGGAUAUCCUGGGUGGACAGCAAUUGGGUACCAGGUCUUAAUCCUGGAAAUGUGCUGGAGUACUUUUCUGACAGAAGCAACCCUUUCUAUGACCGUACCUGCAAUAAUGAGGUAGUGAAGAUGCAGCGGCUUACUGUGGAUCAUCUGAAUCAGAUGGUGGGAGUUGAAUACAUCCUUCUUCAUGCUCAGGAGCCAAUUCUUUAUAUAAUCCGUAAACAACAGAGGCAGUCACCGACGCAAGUGGUUCCCUUGGCUGAUUACUACAUCAUAGCUGGAGUCGUGUAUCAGGCUCCAGACCUGGGAACAGUUAUCAGCUCUAGAGUGCUUUCUGCUGUACAUGGAAUCCAGUCUGCUUUUGAUGAGGCCAUGUCAUAUUGUCGCUAUCACCCAUCCAAGGGAUACUGGUGGCACUUCAAGGACCAUGAGGAGAGAGAAAAAGCCAAACCAAAGACUAAGAAGAAAGAGGAGCCUAGCUCUCUGUUUCAGAGGCAUCGCGUUGACACACUCCUUUUGGACCUUAGGUCAAAAUUUCCACCAACUUUCUAUCAGCCUAAGCCUGGUGAGAAGCCCAUUCCAGUUGAGGUGAAAAAGGAACCUGAACCUCCCGCAGAAACAGUGAAGCAAGAGGAGAGGGAGCAGGCAACCAAGUCCUCUGCUCCAGCUCCACCUAACAAACCACCUCCUGAGAAAAGAGCAAGACUACAGUGACAGCCAUAUUUGUCAGACACUGGGAAGGUUGCGCACGGCUCUGCAAAGUCCUACAUCACUCACUGGGAAAAUGACUUGAGACAUUCCUCCCCAACUCUCUGCUUAUUUGAUCAGUUUUUAGAAUACUGAAAAUAAAAGGAGUCAGUUGUUUAUGUCAGUGUUGAGACUCUUUUUACGCUGCAGCAUUAGUCCUGUGCCCUUGAUAGGCUUCAAGCAGCUGUAGCACAAACAAGCAAUUUGAAGUGGGGGAGGAUUUUUUUUUUUUUUUGAUAAGCUGACAUCAGCAUCAGUGUCAGCUUACUGUCAACAUCAUCUUAAUGUUUCUGUUGUAGUGACUUCAGAGGAUCGUUUAAUUUGCUGUCUGCUUUACAAACAUGAUGUGUCAUCUCAUCUGGAAAGCAAAUGGCCUCUUGACCUGAACAUGGCUUGUUCAUUUCAGACACUUUCAUCUCCUUCGGAAGAAAUGCCCUGCUUUUGUAUGGUUUUUUUUAUAUACAUUAAAUGGUAUUGAUUAAUG